AUGCUGCGGACGAUGUACGGAAAGCUGUCCAGGAACAAGGUCUGCCCAACGGUUGGCAGGCAUUGGGAGCUGCUGGGGUUUCAGAGCGGAGAUCCCAGAACGGACCUGAAUCGCUCUGGCGGUGUUCUGAACGUCAUUCAAAUGUUCUAUUUCUUCGCGCACCAUUUCGACCUCAUGAAAGCGGCUUAUCUGCUAGCGCAAGACGCGCAGCACAACUUCCCGCUUGCCUGCGUGUCCAUAAACAUCACGAAGAUGGUCAUCGAGUGCCUUCUCCAGGGCCGGCUCUCCAAGCUCUGCAAUAACUCGCGG